CAGCCAGCCAGUAACAUCAUCGUGGGCGCGCCGGGAGUGUUUUGUGUGCGGUUCUCUCUCUCCGUGUGGCGACACGCGACCUGUCGCACAUCCUUUCACGUUGUCUGUUGUGCUGUUGUGGGUGUUGUUCGUCGUAUCCUUCUGCUAACUAAUACAGUGAUACCAGGCCCAGGGCAGGGGUGUUUUUUUUUUUGUGUGACUGCGCAGUGAUGGCGCAGAAUGUGAUGGUGGCCACGUUGGUGGCUGCGAUUCUCUGCUUGGGGACCACGAUAACGGAUGCAACGUUCAGUAACGUGUGCCAGACGGAUGACUACACCCGGGAGCAGCUGACCUCCAUGCUAAGCUCGAUCUAUCUGACCGAGUCGCGCCCGGACACCGAACCGAUCGGGCUGCUCGGUACGGUACCGGCCACGGACUGGAGCAGCAGCAGAAACACCACCCCAAGCAGCAGCAGCAGCAGCAGCAGCCUGGCAGCCCUGCCGGUGAAUGGCAGCGAUGUUGAAGGCAGUCCCGACACUCCGCUGGUCCAGCUAUCCGAGUUUGAUGCCUAUCUGCUGGACCUGGGCAGCAACCGUGACGGGGAGCUCAAGCAGCAGCAGGAGCAGCAGGAACAGCAUUUCCAUGCCACUGACGCAGAAUACAUCGCCUCUCUCAAUGCGAAGGUGUUCAGCCGGAGCGCACCGUUCAACCCGGCGUACAGUGACCGCGUGUCGGCCGAGUGCAAACGCCAGUCGGCCCAUUUCCUCCGCUCGUACCGCCAUUCGCAGCUGUGGGCACUCCGGAUGCACGAUGCGAGCGCCAAGCUGAGCCAUGGCAUCCUGAACGGAAACAUUAACCAGUACGGUGACUUUGAUCAGUGUGUCCGGCUGCAGCAGAGUGACGGUGAUGCCCGGGACGGUCAAGCCAUCGCAGGUCGCUACUGCAUGGCGGAGGUACAACCGACGGUUAAGCCAAACACCGUCCUGCUACAGUACCUGUUCGAUCUGGUGCAAGCGCACCGGAUGCUGAAGAGCAAUCUGCACGAUCCCGGCCACCGUGUGCCACGCUUCUCGACCGUACACUGGGCCCUGUGCGUACCGGCCGGGUGUACGGCGGCCGAUGUGCAGGCAUCGCUCGCCGACUUCCUCACCGAGUACAUCGCCGGCACCGGCAUCGAGACGGAGGUGAAGGUAAACCCGGCCCUCUGCCAAACGCGCCACCAGCUCUGGCACGACUACUUCACCGACCGGACCGUGCUGGUGUGGGCGGGAUUCACCCUCUACGGAGUGCUGGUGGUGGCCGCCACCCUCUACGACUACCGGGUGCCCGGUAAAGCGGAAUGGUUGACGGCAUUUUCGUUGAUUAAAAAUACCCGUUCGAUCGUCUGCCUGAAGGAGGAACGCAACGAUAUCGCGUGCGUCCACGGGAUACGCUUUCUGAACGCGAUGCUGCUGCUGAUUGCCCACAAAUCGAUGGCCCUCUUCUUCAACCCGUACGUCAACCGGACGGAGAUGAGCGAGAUCCUGGGCCAACCGUGGACGGUGAUUGGCCGGGCGGCAGCCAUCUUCACCGAUCCGUUCAUCAUGUUCAGUGGCUUUCUCACCACUUUCUCGUUCGUCGAGCGGUUACAGCGGGGCCAGCGGGUACGGCUGCACCAGGAGUACAUUGGGCGGCUGUUGCGCAUCAUGCCACCGCUCGGUGCCCUCAUACUGUUCUGUACGUUCGUGUUGCCGUUUCUUGGGACCGGGCCACUGUGGAACUUGGUCGUCACGAACCACGGUACGAUCUGCAAGCGGUACUGGUGGCGUAAUAUGCUGUUCAUCCACAACUACUUCGGCUUCGGGAACAUGUGCCUCACGCACACGCACCACGUCGGCAUCGAUACGGAGCUGUUCCUGAUAGCGCCGCUCUUCAUUUAUCUCGUGUGGCGGUGGCCCCGGCCCGGUAUUGCCGCACUCGGUGCCAUCGCCAGCCUCACCACGGUGCACCGGUUCUACACGACCUACAGUCUGCGGCUGGCCAACUACGUUUACUUUGGAACAUCAGUGAAACAACUGUUUGACACCGCCGACCAUAUGUACACGCUGCCGUACUAUCGCGUGACGGUGUACCUGAUGGGAGUGAUCCUGGGUUACGUGUGCUCCAGGUACAAAACGAUCAAACUGAGCGUGCGACAAAUCAAGAUCGGCUGGUACCUGAGCAGUCUAUCGAUUGCGGUCGCGUUCUUCGGACCGGCACCGAUGGGCUCGAUACACUACGUGUACGAUCCGAUGCAUGCGGCCAGCUACGCCGCCUUCUCGCCGAUCGCUUGGUGUCUGUUCUUUGCCUGGACCGUCUUCACCGCUCACCUGGGCUAUCGAAACAAGGUAAUCGAUUUCUUCUCCUGGCGUGGGUUCCGCGUUACCACGCGGAUAUCGUACGCCGUCUACCUCACGCAGUUUCCCAUCUUCUUCUACAACGUCGGCCGCACCCGGGCACCGCAGUACUUUGAGUUUGUGCCGGCCGUCCUCUUCAAUACCAACGAGUACCUGGUGGUUUUCCUGGCGUCGUUCCUGCUCACGGUGCUGUUCGAAACGCCCUUCAUCAACCUGAAAAAGCUGCUCUUCCCCAGCAAAUCGCGCACUUCAGCAGGGCUUCCGGCUGAGGCAGCAGCUGCGUGCACUGCCCGGUAGGCACAGGGGCGAUCACGUGCAACGAUUUAAAUAUUAGAACGGAUUAGUAUUAGGAAAGGAAGUGUGCCCGGUUCAAGGCUUACCGGGUUUGAAUGUGUUUUGUAAAACAAAAUAGAUGUUAAUAUUACACGUAGAGUAAAUAGCUGCGAGCCACGCCACGUGUGCUUGUGCAGAAAAUGGCUGAACACUAAAACUAUAACAACUACGUGUACCGGUUUUCGCUGGCACACACGUGAGAGUGGGUUUCUAAAAAAUGUGUUUUGUUUUAACCGAAAGCUGUGUAUUUUCUACGUCGUGCAUGAUGCUGGACGUCCGUUAGGUUUGAAUUUGAGUUUUCAAAACCCGCAAUUCGUCCUACCGCUACCCUACCAUAAAAGUCGCAUAAAUAAACGCCUAAAUAAAACCUAA